AUGACACAUUUCGCCAAUACCAUAAUUCAACAGCAUGGAGAUAUUGACUCGACCCCAUCGCAAGUAUUCGGCAAAGGCAACUUAAUUCUGAGAAUUGGGAAUGGUGGCGCAGGUGGAGUAGGGUUGGUCGAAGCCCUUGCAAAGGAUUAUCUAUUGCUUCAGAAGAAUCAGGGGAGGAUUGAAUGGAUUUGCAACCAUUCACGAAACACCCAGUUGGCACUUCUGAGCGGAUACGUUGAUAUUGCCCUCACAUACGAACGUGAACAAGAGGAAAUCGCUGUGUCAGAGGGCUGGGCUAAAAACGGGGGUUGCAUAUUCCACGAUCAAUUCUGUCUGGUCGGCCCUGAGCAUGACCCGGCCAAUGUCAAAGAUGCGAUGUCCAUUGAGGAGGCCUUCGACCGAAUUGCGAAGACCCGUUCUAUAUUUCACAGCAGAGACGAUGGAUCCGCCACUAUGUGCAAAGAGCACGAUAUCUGGCGCCGGUGUCAUCGGACACCAUGGAAUGACGCACCGGGCUCAUCAUCGUGGUACAUCAAGGCUAAGCAUAACCCGGCCGAUGCUAUAAGCUUCGCUUCUGCUGCUGGGGCCUACACCCUCAAUGAUCGAUCAACGUUAUUGGAUCAAGCGAGCCGUGUCCUCAGCCUGUGGCAACGAACAUGUUUCCAUGUUUAUCAACUAUCUAAAGUCUGA